AUGGCGUCUUCAACAAAAAUUACUCUAAUCAGCUGUGAAGGAGAGCGAUUCGAGGUGGAGGAGGUGGUAGCGCUGCAGUCACAGACGGUGAAGCGCAUGAUUGAAGACAAUUGCGUGGAGGGUGGAAUCCCUAUUCCGAAUGUGAGGAGCGUGAUUUUGGCGAAGAUAAUCGAGUAUUGCAAGAAACGCGUGGAGUCGUCCUCCAAGGACGAUGAUCUGAAGGCUUGGGAGGCGGAGUUCGUGAGAGUGGACCAGCCCACGCUGUUCGAUAUGAUGUUGGCUGCGAACUAUCUCGACAUCAUGGACUUGGUUGAUCUGACUUGCCAGACUGUGGCAGACAUGCUUAAGGACAAGACUUCUGAUGAGAUUAGGCUGAUUUUAAAGAUGAACAACGAUUUUCAUCCUGAGCAGGAAGAAACGGAUCGUAUCAAAAAUUCACACCCCCGUACACGUCAACAAUAUUAUUCAUUUUGGGUCACCCGGCUUCCAUGGAUACAUUGGACCCGCGCAGCUUUGUUCCUCCUUAUCCCAAUUACGAUAGGCCGAAACCUAACUCAAUGGGUCAAAACCCAAUUCACUUGGCUUAGGAAAAGGUCUUCUUAGUUUGUGAAGGGGUGAACUUUUAUUUUUAACCACUCAGUUGGGACAUUCCCAACCGACCGAUGUGGUAUUCUAAGUCUUAAUAGUUUCUAAGGAAAAACCAGUGGCCAUUCGAGUGAAUAAGUUGUGAACAGUAGUUGCAGUUGUUAAUGUAUGUUUUCAACUAUAAUGAAUAGUUCACAUUUCUUUUCAAAAUAA